AUGAGCCGCACAUGCUGUGUGAGCAUGUCCAACUACACAGGCUCGUAUCCUUACACAGGACCCACGCGACCAUCAACUUUGAGCAUAGUAGACGCAUUACACAAGAUAUCGACGCACCGAGGCCAGCACUGGACCAACUCGGCCCGCACCCAGUCGCAAAUCGACAGUGGUCCCGCGCCCAGGAGGGAACGGACAGCAUGGCGGGCGAGGGCCCCUGGCAGAGGCUACUUUGGCACAACGUGUCCUGAGCACCGGUUCGUAGAUCCCGCCCGCAACUCUGUCGCAAUAUUUGGGGCGUCGCCAUGC